GUGCUCAUCGAGAAUACCCUCGAGUAUGCCACGAGAGGCUUUCCACUUAGCCCAAGGCGUCUUCGCGAGCAUGCAAAUGAGAUCCUAAAAGGAAGGCUAGGAGAUGAGUUUCCGGAGGGUGGUGUUGGUGUUCAAUGGCCUUACCGUUUCAUCAAGAAACACGACGAUCGUUUACGCAUGUGUUGGUCUCGUUCUCUGCAUACAAGUCGUGGU